AUGCAGCUCCGGCAUGCUCCGUCGUCCCAACACCAAAAGGGGCAUUUAUCGGUGCUACUGCCAACAAUGGGCGUGGCAGAGAUUGAUGAUGCCGAAGCAGCAGCGACGGCGAGGAUAAUCGCAAAGGUGAAACGCAUUGUGUAUGAUACUUUCUUGCAUACCUUAUUUCUCUUGGUCAAUUUUGCGGGUUUCACGCUUGAACGCGAUGUCGUUGACUUGGCGUAUAAAGCCGACACAGAAAUUCCUCGUGCGUCUUUCAAAGGGAAGACAAACGAUGAGUGGGUUAGUGAAUUCACUGCUCAGCAGUUUGUUGAGCCUUUCAAAGACUUGGAAGAGGAUGCACAGCACCGUCUCGAGUGUGUGAAAAAGGGCACGCUUUGGGCUGUGCACACCGUGAAAACUUUACCAUCCACUAAUUUCAGGCGAGUUGCGAUCAUGGGAGCUGACGCACAUGAUGCUUACUUGCUCAUGACCGUUCUUGAAACGGUACCUAGGGCCCUCGCCAUCUAUGACAAGUCGAGAAGGCCAUUCUCAUCAGAAGUGGCACUGCGCUCGAUGCGUGGGGGCCAACUAUGCGCGUUUCAAGAGGACGUCCCUUUGCACGAGCUCGGUGAUGCGAUCACCAAGAAUUGGGAGUGGGCAUGGCUGACCGACUUAGAUGAUGCUCUGAAAGAAGCUGUCAGGCUUGUGGAGGACAGCCCGAUCGAUGUCAACUGA